AGAUAAGCGUAGUGCGGGGUUGAUAAGUUAUUCUUUUUUCACAAUUCGAGAACUGACAACAAGGAUAUACUGUCUUUCCUGUUUAGGGAUCUAUUCUAUUAGUCCUUGUUUCUCCAAGCAUUGAUGAAGAGUCAAAGCUGAUUCUGUUGUUAUUCUGUUUUGUGACGCUCGUUGCAAAGCUUGAAGAUCAAAGCUCAAACCUCGGUGGUGCUUGGCUAUAUUCCGAAGAUUCCGGCCAAAUUUAUGCUUUCUUUAACAUAAAUAAAGAAUUUUAUCUUCUUAUUAGAAAUGUUUACUAUUUUGUAAUCCUCGUAUCAAGUGAACCGAAUACAGUCAAGAAGGCACCAUGGGGUCUAUUGACGAGGCCCCAUGGACUGGAACAGCCUAUGUUCAAGGUCGAGCCUCAGCCAAACUCCUCGCGAGCGACCUCGAGCUAAGCUUCUGGGGAGGCGUUGACCCUCAAACCAGUGAGGUUAUCGACCGACACCAUCCACUGAGUGGACAGCAUCUUCAAAACACUGUCCUCGCUAUUCCGGGAGGUCGGGGCUCAUGUACUGGCAGUGGUGUUAUGCUCGAGUUAUUGCUUAACGGCAAAGCUCCUGAGGCAAUCAUAUUUGAGCGAAGAGAAGACAUCCUCACUUUGGGAGUUAUGAUCGCAGAGGAAGUCUUCAGCCAGUCCAUCCCUGUCGUGGUUCUGAACAAGGAAGACUUUCGACAUCUUAUUCGACUGAACGGGCUGAUGAUACACGUGGACGACGGCUACGUUUCCACUCACCCGCCAUCUAAACACCGAAAAGGUUCAGUGAUAGACACAGAAAGUGGUCUAAUUCUUGAAACAACACCGGCUCUAGAAGGCAUCAAACUCUCAACACUGGACCAGGAACUUCUGAGAGGGGACUUUGGCGAAGCAUCCCGCGUCGCUAUCAGAAUCGUCCUCCGCAUGGCUCAUCUUCUUGGCGCAACACGUCUCAUGGACGUAACACAAGUCCACAUAGAUGGCUGCGUCUAUACUGGCCCUGCAACUCUCGCCCUGGCAGAGCGACUUCGAGACUGGGGCGGUAAAGUCCGAAUUCCCACAACCCUCAACUCUUUAUCAGUUGAUCAGAAGCGCUGGCGAGCACUUGGUGUCGAUACUAAUUUCGGAGAAGCUGCUGAUGCGCUUGGAAAGGCGUAUACAGACAUGGGAGCACGGCCAACGUUUACCUGUGCGCCUUAUCAGCUUGACAGUGCGCCUAAGCUUGGCGAGCAGAUUGCUUGGGCCGAAUCUAAUGCUGUUGUUUAUGCGAACAGUGUUUUGGGGGCGAGAACUAUGAAGUAUCCUGAUUUCCUGGACAUCUCGAUUGCUUUGACGGGGAGGGCUCCUAAAGGGGGCCCUCAUCUCGGCAUCAACCGGCUGGCUUCAGUUUGUGUGAGGGUCGUUAGGAUCGAAGAUGUGACGGGGCUAGACGAUUCAUUUCCACCCUUGUUAGGAUACUAUAUUGGAACUCUAUCGACGAGUCGAAUACCGGUGAUAACGGGCCUCGAGAAAUUGGGUCUUUCGACGGACGACCUAAAGGCCUUUGGCGCUGCUUUCGCUACCAUAUCGAGCGCCCCAAUGUUCCAUAUCGUCGGUGUGACGCCAGAGGCAACGACGCUUGAGAAAGUAAUUGCCCCUGAGUUCACCUCUGUUCAAGUCAAGCUGAGUGAUAUGGGAAAAUGCUGGGAUAAGCUCAACAGCGCACCAACAAACCAAUCUAUCGAUCUUGUCUCACUGGGGAAUCCACACUUCUCACUCUCUGAGAUACGAAAACUCGCCAAUCUCUGCCGAGGGCGACAAAAAGCCACUAGCGUAUCAGUGAUAGUUACAUGCGGUCGGUCCGUGUACAAGCUGGCAGAACAAGCAGGUCUUCUUGCUCAGUUAGAAGAGUUUGGGAUACAGAUAUUGACAGAUAUUUGCUGGUGUAUGGUUACAGAGCCUGUUAUUCCACCUACAGCAAAGACUAUUAUGACGAACUCUGGAAAAUAUGCUCAUUAUGGGCCGGGCCUUACAGGAAGAGGGAUGUACUUUGGAAGCCUAGCUGGAUGUGUUGAGGCGGCUUGUUCAGGAAUAUAUGACGCUAAAAAGCCUGAGUGGAUUAAAAGUAAAGGAGUUAUAUAGAAGACAAAGUCAAUAUGAGAAU